AUGACCACAAUGCCACCGGAAAUGUCCACAACCACUGCUGCCGUUGCACCUGCACCCACCGUACCGCUCACGCCCGUGUCAGCUGCGGCAGCGGGCGGCGGGGGCGUCGGAGGGGGGAUGCCGCGUGACACGAGUGCCGCUCUAACAGCAACAGCAACACGUUCCCGCUUCAUGAUCACCGACAUCUUGGCGGGCAGUGCGGCAGCGGCGGCUGCAGCAGCGGCAGCAGCAGCUAUGGCGGCGGCCAGCCGCUCGGCCAGUCCGGAGGCGCAUUACGGCGCAGCAGCAGGCGUGCCAUCGCACUUGCAACAUCAGGCUGCCCUCGCUGCUCACCACCAUCAGCAGCAGCAGCAGCAGCAACAUCAGCAACAACAGCAGCAGCAUCAUCAUCCGCAGCAGCAGCAGCAUCAUCAGCAGCAUGUAGCCCUGCAACAUUAUCUCGCACAACAGCAGCACUUGCUGCGUUUCGAGCGUGAGCGCGAACGUGAGCGUGAGCAUUAUCAGCAGCAGCAACAACAACAACAGCAGCAGCAGCAGCAACAGCCGCGCCACACGCCACCCCCUGCAUCGGCAGCUGCUGCUGCCGCCGCCGCUGCCGCGGCAGCUGCUGCGCUUCAUCAUCACGGAGCUCCACACUUGCCACCGGGUGCCCUUUUGGCGCACUUUCCGCACGCUGCCACGCCGGCUCACUACGCCAUGCUGCAGCAGCAGCAGCAACAGCAGCAUCAGCAGCCCCCCCACGUGCAUCCGCAUCCGCAUCAUUUGCAUUUGGAACGCGAGCGUCUGGAGGUGUUGCAUCGCCAUGCGGCAGCAGCGGCAUCCGCCUCGGCGGACUCUCUCGACGAUCGCUCGCGUUCACCGUUAGUACUGCAAGCCCUUGGCAAUCACCAUCAUCACCAUGCCGCCAACAACAACAACAACAAUAGCAAUAGUGGCAGCAAUGGCAACAACAACAAUAACGGUGGAUUGCUAUUAGGCGGUGCAGGAAGCAGCAUCAGCGGAGAUCAGGCGAGCACUAUCGAUGAUAGCGACAGCGACGAUUGUGGUGCCAAAGACGAUGACGGCGAUGAUAGUCUGAAGAAUGGCAGCGGCUCGGGCGCCAAUGGUGACUCACAUCUGAGUCUCAGUCUGAGCAAGAAGCAGCGGAAAGCGCGGACAGCCUUCACAGAUCAUCAGCUACAGACGCUGGAGAAGUCCUUCGAGCGACAGAAAUAUCUGAGCGUGCAGGACCGCAUGGAGCUGGCCAAUAAGCUGGAGCUGAGCGAUUGCCAGGUGAAGACCUGGUACCAGAAUCGUAGAACCAAAUGGAAGCGCCAGACCGCCGUGGGCCUGGAACUGCUCGCCGAGGCUGGCAAUUAUGCGGCCUUUCAACGUCUUUAUGGCGGCGCCUCGCCCUACCUUAGCGCCUGGCCGUACGCAAGCGUCGCCGCUGCCGCCCAAACGCCUCAUGGCGCUCCGCCCUCGGCCAUUGACAUCUAUUAUCGUCAAGCGGCAGCUGCGGCCGCUCUACAAAAACCAAUGCCCGCCUCAUAUCGCAUGUACCCGAGCAUGCCGCCCAUGGGACUGCCGGGCAUGCCGCCGCCACCGCCCGGCGCACCGAUGGGCGCCCUGCACAGCGCCAGCUCCUCACUCAGCUCGCUCAGCGGCUACUAUGCGGCGGCAGCGGCGGCGGCCACAACAACGCCAACACGCGAUCGAGAGCGAGAGCGGGAGCGGGAGCGCGAACGCUCGCCAGCGACCAGCCAAAGCGCCAGUGAGGCCGAGUACGAGCGGAGCAGCAGCAGCAGACAACGCUUGCAGACGCCUAGUCCGCAACUGAAUCCGGGCAGUCCGCCGGAACGCGCUAUCGCCGUCGCCGCCUCGGAGGAGAAUGAAACGCUGGCGGAGGCAAGAAGACCAACGACGCCGCUGGUCGCUGCAGGCAGCAAAACGCCAACGCUCGAGCAGCAGCCUCUGAGCCACGAGGACGACGAUGAGGACGAGGAGCUGGCGUUGGAUGUGUGA